UCUGUUAGCAGCCUAGCUCUUUUAACCAUUGUGAUACCCUCAGUUCAUUCCCAGGCAGUCACAGCCUCCCUGAAUCAAGAAUUACAAGCAUGGCAUGUGUUCUGUAACAGUGGAACCCAACCUAGGGUAGAGGGUUGGGGUUGAGGGGGGUUUGACUGCAGAGCUGCCAACAUGUCACUGUCCAUUUAUCUUGAUCCUAAAGUUUCUGAAAAAUGCUGUUAGUCUUUUUGGCACCCUAAAGAGGUGCAGUCAUGACUGGCUUUCAAAACAGACUUAUUUCCCUCGCAUGCCACAUUGUGUAGAAAUCGCUAACUAGCUGUGUGACAUUAGGGAAAUCUUUUAUCUCCCUAGGCCUCAGUGUCCCGAGCUGCAGCAUUACUAAUGGACUUAGAUCAUUUCUGUGGUCCCCUUCAGUUCUAAAAUUCUGUGAUUUCUACGUCCCUUAAGCUGGAAUUGUGGCAAGAAAAGGUGGAGUUAUAGGCGGACAAUGUUGGAGAGCAGAUCAAAUUAUUGCUCUUGCUCAUGGGUCUAGAUUUAUUUCCGUUUCCCAAAACCUUUAACACCUACAGAGUCCUUAAACAGUGGAAAGGCUACCAGAGAAGAGCAAACAAAGACUCCUUCCUGUCAAGAGAAGACCUUCUUACCACACAGGAAGCUCCACGAGAACAGCUACUAAGUUUGUCUUGACGGUUGCAUCCCCAGGACCAAGCACACGGUGGAUACUCAGUAUUGACUGAUGUGAAGGCAGAAGAAAAGCUGUUUGUAUUUUAAUGAGGAUGUGAGUCAGUGCAGCAGAAAAUGUCCACUGAACGGACUUCUUGGACAAACCUGUCCGCUAUGCAGAAAAUAGCGCUGGGCCUGGGGAUCCCAGCCAGUGUGACAGUUGUCUACAUCCUGUACCGCAGGUAUAGGGAAAGCAGAGAAGAGCGGCUGACGUUUGUUGGGGAGGAUGACAUCGAGGUGGAGAUGCGGGUUCCUCAGGAGGCUGUGAAGUUGAUCAUUGGCCGGCAAGGAGCCAACGUUAAACAGCUGCGGAAGCAGACAGGUGCGCGGAUUGAUGUGGACACAGAGGAUGUCGGUGAUGAGCGGGUGCUGCUCAUCAGUGGUUUUCCUGUUCAGGUGUGCAAGGCCAAAGCCGCGAUCCAUCAGAUCCUGACAGAGAACGCCGCCGUGUCUGAGCAGCUCUCAGUCCCCCAGAGAUCUGUGGGCAGAAUCAUAGGGAGAGGUGGUGAAACGAUCCGUUCUAUCUGUAAGGCCUCUGGAGCCAAAAUUACCUGUGACAAAGAAUCAGAGGGGACGUUACUACUCUCAAGACUUAUAAAAAUCUCAGGAACACAGAAGGAAGUGACAACAGCCAAGCAUUUGAUCCUGGAGAAAGUGUCAGAAGAUGAAGAACUUCGGAAGAGAAUCGCUCAUUCUGCAGAAACCAGGGUCCCACGCAAGCAGCAGAUCAGCGUAAGGAGAGAGGACGUGACGGAGCCCCAUGGAGGUGGAGACCCAGCUUUAUGGGAGAACGCCACUUGUGGCACAGAGCAGGCUGUGCCGCUGGUCGUUCCUCCCCACAGAGGAGGUGGUGACAUGGCUGCCAUAGGGCUACCGCCGGAAGACGGUUCCGGGGCGAAAGCUAACGGUGACGGCUUUGAGGAGGAGUCUGCAGCCCAGGCCAGUCCAGAGAUGUCCAUGUUUGAAAUCCCCAGCCCCGACUUCAGUUUCCAUGCUGAUGAGUACCUGGAAGUCUACGUCUCGGCCUCUGAGCACCCUAACCACUUCUGGAUCCAGAUCAUCGGCUCCCGCAGCCUGCAGCUGGAUAAGCUCAUCAGCGAGAUGACCCAGCACUACGAGCACAGUCCACCUGAAGACCUGGCUGUGCAGGUGGGAGACAUUGUGGCAGCACCUUUACCCGCGAAUGGGUCCUGGUACCGAGCCCGAGUGCUUGGCACCUUGGAGAAUGGGAACUUGGACCUCUACUUUGUGGACUUUGGAGACAAUGGGGAUUCCCCCUUGGAGGACCUCAGAGCUCUCAGGAGUGACUUCCUAAGCCUUCCGUUUCAAGCGAUAGAGUGUAGUCUGGCACGGAUCGCCCCCUCAGGUGAGCAAUGGGAAGAGGAGGCUUUGGAUGAGUUUGACAGACUCACUCACUGUGCUGACUGGAAACCACUGGUGGCCAAGAUCUCUAGCUAUGUCCACACUGGGAUCUCAACUUGGCCAGAGAUCUACUUGUAUGAUAUUAGCGAUGGGAAGAAACUUGAUAUUGGGUUAGAACUAGUUCGCAAAGGAUUUGCAGUAGAGCUUCCCGAAGACAUGGAAGGAAACGCGGCUGUCCCCGACACACUGCAGGGAGUGGCCACAGAAACAGACGUCUCUCUAGGCAGCAGGCUCACCGAGACCAAGAGGAGCCCUGGAGAGACAGGACACACCCUGUCCUGCCUCAGCUCAUCAGAAGCUGCCUCUCUGUCUGGUGAUGAUACCCUUGCAGAUGACUACUUAGUCUGAAGUCUGCGCUUCGGCUGGCGCGGCCUCCUGCUUUGCUGCGAUUGGGCCCGGAGAGGGGCGGCCAUGAUGAAGACGUCCAUGCAGCCCCUGCUCUGUUACAGGCGCAGUCUGCUGGCUGUGGGCCAGAUGCAUUUCCGACUUCCCUGGACUACCAGAAAGUGUGGGGCCGGGGGAGACAACUCCAUCCCCUCCUCCGCCCCCGGCCCCCUCGAAGCCCCUGCCAGUCAUCAUGUACAUUCCUGCUCGGCCGUGUCCUUUUUGAGGCUGGGCAACAGCCAGAGUUUAGGUCACUGGAAGUGA